UGCCCUGGAGGACGUAUGCCAGGGAAACGGGCCACACGAGGGCAGGAACGGAGCGCGCUGCUUCGGAAAUGGUAUGACCUGAUGAUGCAACACAAGGAGGACCUGGCCAGGAUCAUCACAGCCGAGAGCGGGAAGCCGCUGAAGGAGGCGCAGGGGGAGGUUCUGUACUCCGCCCAGUUCCUGGAGUGGUUUUCGGAGGAAGCGCGCCGCAUCUACGGGGACGUCAUCAGCACCGCCUCCCGGGAGAAGCGGGCCCUGGUGCUCAAGCAGCCAGUCGGAGUGGCUGCCGUCAUCACCCCGGUACGUGGGGGCAUCGGCCGGGGUGUCAGUGCACACUGGGGCGGCGCCCGACGUCUGUGGGCUGCCCUAAAAAUGCCAUCUGCAUCGUUUUUAUCAAAGGGGCAGACCUGGUCAGAUGGCGACACCUGGGCGUUUGCUCCCGCCCCCUCCCUUCUCCAGGUCCGUCCGCGGCAGCUCGCCAACCAGGCUGGGAUCCCCCCCGGGGCCUACAACGUGGUGCCCUGCUCCCGGAGGAGGGCCCAGGAGGUGGGGGAGGCGCUUUGCACCGACCCGCUCGUGUCCAAGAUCUCCUUCACCGGCUCCACGGCCACCGGGAAGGCGCUGCUGCACCAUGCGGCCAACUCCGUGAAGAGGGUGUCCAUGGAGCUGGGCGGCCUCGCCCCGUUCAUCGUGUUUGACAGCGCCAACGUGGACCAGGCCGUGGCGGGGGCCAUGGCCUCGAAAUUCAGGAACUCGGGACAGACCUGUGUGUGCUCCAACCGGUUCCUGGUGCAGAGCGGGAUCCACGACGCCUUCGUGAGGAAGCUGGCGGAGGCGAUGAGGGCCAGCCUGCGCGUGGGGAACGGGUUUGAGGAGGGGACGACUCAAGGCCCGCUGAUCAACGAGAAGGCGGUGGAAAAGGUGGAGACGCACGUGAGCGACGCGCUGGCCAAAGGGGCCACCCUCGUGACCGGCGGGAAGCGGCACCAACUUGGGAACAACUUCUUUGAGCCCACGCUGCUCAGCAACGUCACGAGGGACAUGCUUUGCGCGCGGGAGGAGACCUUCGGGCCCCUGGCCCCUGUCAUCAAGUUCCACACAGAGGAGGAGGCGCUGGCGAUCGCGAACGCAGCCGAUGUGGGGUUAGCAGGCUACUUCUACUCGCAGGACCCCGCCCAGAUCUGGCGGGUGGCGGAGCGGCUGGAGGUGGGCAUGGUGGGCGUCAACGAAGGGCUGCUCUCGGCCGUGGAGUGCCCGUUCGGCGGCGUGAAGCAGUCAGGCCUCGGGCGCGAGGGCUCCAAGUACGGCAUCGACGAGUACCUGGAGGUCAAGUACGUGUGCCUCGGCGGCUUGUAGGGUCCGUGUGCUGUAGGAAAUAAAGGAGCUCGCCUGCGCCUGUGGCACACGCCACCUGCAAAUGCACCCACAGGCGUCUGAACUACA